GGUCAAAUAGUCGGCAGUAUCAGUGUGUACUUAGCCUGUCGUGAUGAACAGAAGGUUAUAUUAUGCGCUUUGCAGUUAGUAAAUGGAUACUCUAGCACUAGGUGCAAUUCAUUUUGCUAUUAGUUUCCAGAAUCUGUAUUCAUGUGACUAAUUUUUUUUUCCGUUAAAACUUAGUGAGGUUUCCUCGGAAUAGUUAAGUCAGAAGUGUAUGUGAAUUAAGAAAAAGUCGGUCACAUCAAAUGCGGACUUUAAUUGGUGUUUAGUCUCAGCUCACACGUACCUCAGUCCAGUUAUUACAACUAUACUCAGAUAUGUCAAUGUCAAGGUGAAACUAAACUCUAAAAGUUUCACAACCUCAAUUUUGAAUAAUAAUACGGUGCUAGUCCUGUAAAAUCGAAAUGUGCAAUCCAGUCGAACCAUCUAGAAGUCUGGAUGUUCCAGGACAGGAGGUCAAGGAUCACUUUCAGUAUGCAAAUGCGAAAAAAUCGGCAUGGGCACAGAUUUUGGCGACAAUAAUGCAAAACUGGCUGCUUAUCGAAAUCGGGCUGGAAAUGGUCAUGCCUACGGUCAUUAUUGGCUCGCUUCACAACAACCCUGCGGAGCCUCUCAACAUGAACGAUGAUCAAGCGUCCUGGUUUGGGAGCAUUCCAGACUUCUGUCACCCUAUCGGUAGUCUGACGUCGGGGCUGCUGCAAGACAAAUUCGGUCGGAAAGGGGCCAUGAUGCUCAUCAACAUCCCCAUUUUCAUAGGAUGGAUGAUCCUGUACUUCGCCCAAUCCAUCCAUGCUCUCUACGCCGUUUCGGUCAUCAUGGGACUUUGCACGGGUCUGGCCGAGGCCCCCCUCCACGCCUACAUCGGCGAGAUUGGGGAGCCACGCAUGAGAGGGACGCUCUCCACAAUUUCAACAUCCUGCUGUACCAUAGGUGUUUGCGCCAUGUUCUUAUUUGGUUACCUUUUCGAUUGGCGAACGGUUGCUUUGGUUAGCAGUUCAUGCUCUAUCAUCACCUUCACAUUCAUGACUCAGCUGCCCGAAUCGCCAACGUGGCUGAUAGUUAGAGGUCGACUGGACGAAGCCAAAAAAUCCCUGUGCUGGUUGAGAGGUUGGGUUAGCUCGGCCGAAGUUGAACCUGAGUUCCAAUCUUUAGUCAACUACGCCGUGAAGUCUGCCGAUCUGAGCAGAGAGAACUCUGCAGAUUCGAGUUUACCGAUUAAAGAAGGCGAACCUGUAGCAGAGAGAGGUGGCUUCUUAAAACAACAACUGAAGGAGCUGACCAAUAAAAGGACGUUUCGUCCUCUUCGGCUGAUGUUUUUCGUGUUUAUUAUUACCAACAUUGCAUGUGUCUCAGGCAUUAUGCCUUAUUUUGUCAAUGAACUCAAAAUGCUGGAGUCCCCUAUUGAUCCAAAUCUUGCCUUGAUGAUGUGUUCAGGACUGUUCUUCGUGGGUGCAAUGGUAAAUGUGGUAUUCCUUCGGCGAUUUGGCAAGCGAAAGAUCGCCCUCUUCUCGCACAUCCUGACGGGCAUCUGUAUCCUUAGCGUCGGAAUGUAUGCCUCAUUCCUCCAAAGUUUGACACAAUACCCACUUCGCGUUUGGUUACCCCUUAUUCUUUGGUUCAUCAUGAACUUCCUCCAUGGCUUCAGCAUCAUCACCUUGCCGUGGCAGCUUGUUUGCGAGGUUUUCCCUCCUUUGGGCCGAGGUACAGCUACGGGCCUUGCAGCCGCUUGGACUCAUUUUUUUAUGUCCGUCUUGACCAAGACGUACCUGUACAUGGAGGCGUGGCUGGGAUUCAGUGGCGUGAUGUACCUUUACGGAGUAUGCACCAUGGCUGGAGUUAUCUAUCACUACUUUUACUUACCGGAGACGGAGGGGAAAACAUUGGAGCAGAUCGAGACGUAUUUCACCAAAAAUCACGACAAGAGGGAGAAAUUCUCCGUUGGGAAGUCGCAACGGCAGCGGGCUCAAAGUGAAAGUCCAUCUUAAUUCAAGGGGGAAAAUGAGGGAGUUUCCAAAUUUUGUCCGACCUCUCCUAUUGACUUGAUCCACUGUGUGGCAGACCGAUUGAGGCAGAACAACGGACGUUUAUACUUCUGGUUCGUUUUUCAUACUUCGAAUUUUGGAUUUUGCAGGAAUAUUCCGCCAUAUUGCACAAACCCACCUACAUCCCAGGAAUAAAUAAAAAACAGUACUCCUGUGAGAGUGCAUAAUGUGGGUUUUUUGUCAAUUAAAAACUGUGAUAUUUAUCGUUAAGUAUACUUAAGCUAGGUUGCUCUACAGUUGUUAUAUAUUUUAAUAAAGUAUUGGUCAUUUUUAUUAGAAAA